CAUUACGGACUCUGCCCUUCAUUUUCUUCAUCGUCAUAAUCUCAGCUGAAACUUGUUCUUCUGGGAGCUUUUUCUGACCACAAAAGGGAAGUAAAGGUCAUUUCACUGACGCCGCCCUAUUGACUAAAGGACAAACCGCCUAAAAGAUUGAGAAAAUUAGGGUUCUUGUUCUUUUUGGGUUUCGAAAGUGGGUUUGGGGCUAACCCUUCUCGAUCUUCGGUGUUUUUUGAAGGGUAGGGUUCAUCUUUUGGCAUAGCCCACUGGGAGGAGGAGCUUUACGCUUUGGUUUUCUGUUUGUUUUCAGUGGUUUCUUGUGGAAGAGGGAAGGGAUCUUUCAGAUUAUGUAUUAUCAGCUGGAGAAAUUCUCUCAUCAGGAUUCUUUGGAGGUUUUGGAGGCGGAUAUUCAGUAUGCAAAUUCUCUGGCGGCUGCAAUCCCCAUGGAAAAAGGGGGUGGCUAUCUUCAAAUGAAGUUGGUUUACAAUCAUUUGGCUCCUAUUGCUCUGUUUUUGCUUCAAUGGAUGGACUGUUCUUGCACAUGCUUGCUCCCAAGAUAUUUAAGCCUCUUCCACAUACUUGUGUACAAGGUACAUCCAGAGGGAAAACAAAAACGAAAUAUAUCAAGGCAUGGAAGGAAGGCAACUAUUAGGGACUUCUACGCUAUAAUAUUGCCUUCGCUUCAGCAAAUCCACGGUAGUUUGGAUAAGUUGGACGAUUUCGAGGAAGAGCAUCGUUGGAUUGAGAUGCCUAGCAAGAAAAGAGGUGAUAAAGAUGGUAGACUCAUGAACAUCGAUAUGAAACGAGAAGACGAGUGUGGUAUUUGUUUGGAGCAGUGCACGAAGAUGGUUUUGCCUAAUUGCUGUCAUGCAAUGUGCAUCAAAUGCUAUCGAAAUUGGAACACGAGGUCGGAGUCGUGUCCAUUUUGUCGUGGCAGCUUAAAGAGAGUCAACUCAGAGGACUUAUGGGUGCUCACCUGUAGCGAUGAUGUGGUCGAUGCCGAAACCGUUUCCAAGGAGGAUAUGUUGUGCUUUCGUCGAUAUAUAAACAGCCUGCCUAAAGACUAUCCAGAUGCACUCUUCGCAGUAUAUUCCGAAUAUCUAAUUUAGUUCAGACGUCCGAGUAAACUGUAUAGAGGGAAAAUCCCGUCGCGAAACGUGAAGGUCAGAACAUAUCCUCCCUGCUUAAUAUAGAAUAGUUGAUCAUAUGAAAUGCUUAGUUAGAAUUAAUAAUGAAUCAGUGUAAGAUGCCAAUCAAUCAUCUCUGCCUCUCGGCUCGUGUAUGUUAUAUACUUGAAAGUGCCUUUUCUAAUGCACUAAUUGUCAAUAAAGAUGAAUUUGGUCUCU